CUUCUUUAGUCCUGAAGACUAGAUUUUCUUCAGAGCCUUGCCCCAACGCCAAUCUUCUCUCGCUCUCUCGCUUCCCCCCUACUUCAAACCUCCGUUUUCUAAGAGCGUAACUGAUUUCCAAUCCGAAAAAUCCCAGCUUUUUGAGUGUGUGUGCGUGUGUGCGUGAGAGAGAGAGAGAGUGAGAGAUCUCCAUUUGAAUCUCUGUUUUUUGUUUUGUUUCAUUCUUAUCUGGUUUUAGAGGAGAAAAAGGUGGCAUUUUUUAUUCUCGUUUCUCGCAUGUGGAGGAAACGGCUGUUUAAUUUGGAGCAGAGCAUUGGAGAGAAGCCUGUGAUUUUAUGGGCGCGGAGUUGAGGGGCAUGCCGGAGUCCUGCGGGCCGAUUGAUGGAUUUGAAGCCCUCGGGCCCGUUGGUGACUUCCAUUCCAGCUUGGGCUCGCCUCGGGCUGCUCGCGAUUCAGAUUGUGGUUUUUUUGCUAUGGACUGGAUGCAUUGAUGCCAAAUACGAAGACAAGGCUCCACUACAUUGGCAAAUUUCUGAACUAGAUCUUGGUAGUUCUCAUCUUUUACACUCCUGCAUUCAUGACCAGAUACUCCAUCAGAGGCGGCGUCCUGGUCGUAAGGAAUACUCGGUUACCCCACAAAUAUAUGAAGGGUCUAGUUCAUUGAAAUCCCUACAUCACAAGGGAAGAUCAUUGCUUGAAUUUUCCACACCAGCCACUCUACAGAAGGAUGCAAAACAUCCUAUCAGGAUAUAUCUGAAUUAUGAUGCUGUGGGACACUCAACAGACAGAGAUUGCCACAGUGUUGGCGAUGUUGUGAAGCUUGGUGAACCUCCCACGACUGCAGUACCUCGAACUCCUACGUGCAAUCCUCAUGGAGAUCCUCCAAUUUUUGGGGAUUGCUGGUACAAUUGCACAAUGGAAGAUAUUUCCGGAGAGGAUAAAAAGGAGCGGCUCCGCAAGGCACUGGGGCAAACUGCAGACUGGUUCAAAAGAGCUCUAGCUGUGGAACCUGUCAAGGGGAACUUGCGGUUAAGUGGGUACUCUGCAUGUGGUCAGGAUGGUGGAGUUCAGCUUCCCCAUGAAUACAUUGAAGAUGGUGUUGCUGAUGCUGACCUAGUUCUACUUGUUACCACUAGACCCACCACUGGCAAUACUCUUGCUUGGGCUGUUGCUUGUGAGCGUGAUCAGUGGGGCCGUGCCAUUGCUGGGCAUGUAAAUGUUGCUCCUCGCCAUUUGACUGCAGAAGCAGAAUCACUUCUUUCAGCUACUUUGAUACAUGAGGUCAUGCAUGUUUUAGGCUUUGAUCCUCAUGCCUUUGCGCAUUUUCGUGAUGAAAGAAAAAGAAGGCGCAGCCAGGUCACUGUGCAAGCUAUGGAUGAAAAGCUUGGACGGAUGGUGACACGUGUUAUUCUUCCCCGUGUUGUUAUGCAUUCCAGAUAUCAUUAUGGUGCUUUCUCCGAAAAUUUUACUGGUUUAGAGUUAGAAGAUGGAGGAGGGAGAGGCACUUCAGGAUCUCAUUGGGAGAAGCGGCUUCUGAUGAAUGAGAUAAUGACAGGCUCAGUCGAUACUAGAUCAGUGGUUUCAAAAAUGACUUUGGCUUUGUUAGAAGACAGUGGAUGGUACCUAGCUAACUACAGCAUGGCAGACCGCCUUGAUUGGGGUUGGAAUCAGGGAACAGAUUUUGUUACCUCCCCAUGUAAUCUUUGGAAGGGGGCGUAUCAUUGCAAUACUACGCAGUUAUCUGGCUGUACAUAUAACAGAGAGGCUGAAGGGUAUUGUCCUAUUGUAAGCUAUAGUGGUGACUUGCCUCCAUGGGCUCGCUAUUUUCCACAGGCCAAUAAAGGUGGACAGUCAUCACUGGCUGACUAUUGCACAUACUACGUAGCUUAUUCUGAUGGUUCGUGCACAGACAUAAAUAGUGCACGACCACCUGACAGAAUGUUAGGUGAAGUGCGAGGAAGCAACUCUAGGUGCAUGGCUUCGUCAUUGGUGCGGACUGGUUUUGUGAGAGGAUCCUCUACACAAGGGAAUGGUUGCUACCAACAUCGAUGCACCAACAUGACUCUAGAGGUUGCUGUCGAUGGGUUGUGGAAGGCAUGCCCUGAAGCUGGUGGUCCUAUUCUAUUUCCUGGAUUUAAUGGUGAACUGGUUUGCCCUGCAUACCACGAGUUAUGCAGCAUGGCUCCGGUGCCCUUAAAUGGCCGUUGUCCUGGUUCAUGCAAUUUUAAUGGUGAUUGUAUAGAUGGAAAGUGCCACUGUUUUGUUGGUUUUCAUGGUCAUGACUGCAGCUACCGUGCCUGUCCUGACAAUUGUCAUGGUCAUGGCACAUGCCAUGCUAAUGGGAUUUGUGAAUGUGAAAACGGGUGGACCGGCAUUGAUUGCUCUACAGCAAUCUGUGAUGAGCAAUGCAGUUUGCAUGGUGGUGUUUGUGACAACGGUCUCUGUGAGUUCCGUUGCUCUGAUUAUGCUGGUUACACGUGCCAAAACAGCUCCGCCCUGCUUCCCAGCCUAUCAAUUUGUGGGGAUGUGCUCGCUCGAAGUGCAGUUGGGCAGCAUUGUGCUCCGAGUGAGCCCAGCAUUUUACAACAGUUAGAAGCAGCUGUUGUCAUGCCGAACUACAAGCGGUUAAUGCCCGGGAGAUGGUUUCCCUUCGGCUUUCUCAAGAGUGAUUAUUGCGAGGUUGCUGCCAAACGACUGGCCUGCUGGAUAUCGAUCCAAAGAUGUGACAGUGAUGGGGACAAUAGACUUCGAGUGUGCUAUUCUGCUUGCAAGUCCUACAACAGAGCAUGCAGUGCGUCCCUCGAUUGCUCUGACCAGACCUUGUUUAGCAGUGAGGAGGAAGGUGAUGGGCAAUGCACCGGCUACGGCGAAAUCACACCGUCAUGGUUAGGCCGGUUCAGGAAGAUAUACUUACAGUAGCAACCAGGUCUUUGUGUAGUGUCAAUUUGUAUUUGUAGAUUUUCUUUGUAUUGUAGAGAACCCUUUUAGGUUUUGAUUCCACCCAAGUUUAGAAUCCUUAAAGUCGGAUUUUUGGGUGAAAAGAUAUUGUAUUGGGCUUCAUCUAAGAUCAAGCCCCAUUCCAAAAAACACGAAAAAAAGGAAACAUAAUGUGAAUUAUGAGUUGAUUCCAAAUGCUUCAAA